UUCACCGCUUGUGGCGAAUGUAGCCAUUGUCUGACAGACUAAACUCAGGACUUACGUCUUUAUAUGACUCCCUCUCGAUUGUUCGGGCAAACAGUUGCAUUUCACCCAAGUUUCCUCCUGACGUCCUCUACCGCCAAGUUGGUGCUGAGCAAACAUUAGGCUGUCUUCUUUCAGUGAAGGUAGGCUGCUGAUUUAAUCAGCAAACAUGCGGGAUUCUGGUUUCUUCUUUAAAGUGGUGGGGUUGGUUUUAUGCCAGACUGCUGCUAGUUGGUCAAAGGCAAACAAGACAAGCAUGCUGUCAUCACAGGCCAAUCGGGUCAUGGCAGUCGGAGAAUGGGAGGAGCGCUGGCAGGAGGACAGGAUUGGCUUCCAUCAGCCUAAUGUACACAAGAUGCUGGAGGCCCAUGUCGAUAAAGUUGUUGCUGGGCGGACAGGAGUUCGUUUCUUCUUCCCUCUCUGUGGGAAAGCAGUGGAUAUGAAGUGGCUGGCAGACAUGGGCCAUUCAGUGGUGGGGGUGGAGAUAUCUGAAAAGGCAAUUAAACAGUUCUUUGAGGAGAAUAAUAUGACCUACAGUGAGGAAGCAGUCCCUGGAAUACCUGGAGCAAAGGUUUACAAGGGCUCAGAAAGAAAUAUCUCUCUAUAUCAAUGUGACUUAUUCAACUUCUCCAGUGCCAUCGGGGGUCAGUUUGGGGCAAUAUGGGACAGGGGAUCUUUGGUGGCGAUCAGCCCAAAAGACAGAGAAAAGUAUGCUGCUCUCAUAAUUUCCCUCAUGGCCAAAGACUGCAGAUACCUCCUGGACACUCUGCUGUACAAUCCUGAAUUAUAUUCUGGUCCUCCAUUCUUUGUGCCUGAUGAGCAAGUACACAGCCUGUACGGGAGCAGCUGUGAUAUCGAACUCCUGCAGUCGGUAGAUGCCCUGACAGACCGGACCAGGAACUGGGGGCUGGAUUUCCUGACUGAAAAUGUACACCUCAUCACUCUAAAGACCAGUUAAAACUAACUAAUAAGUAAAGGGAACUUGGGAAAGACGUUUUAGGGGGUACGUUUUGCAAACACAUAUUCAAGGCAGUAUUUUAAUGCUUAGACAUUUUAUAUAGUUUCAUUUUGGGGCCUGAAUGGUGGUGUACGUAGGAAAAUGUUCCAGGAAUUUCUGUUGUUAUUUUUCAAACACCCUCUAAAUACUGUAAACUACAAAGAUUUUAAUGCAAGAAAAAUUAAAAACUUGUUUUGAUAAA